GCAGAAUUGUAUCUGCCGUGUAGUUCUGGUAAAAUGUCACGAUUCAUUACAUGAUUCUGAGGAGGAAGUAACACGAUCGAUAUAGCCCGCGCGCACGGUAAAACGUAUUACAUUAUCCGCGGGAGAUACUCGAGCGGAUGACAAAAUACGCGCAGGCGGGUAUGGCGGGUAACGUAACGCGAUAAUCCUAUGUUCGAUAAACUGGAGACGCAAUAAAUUGACACGUAGGAAUCGUCGCAUGUCGGCGGCAUCAUGACGCGCGAUAUCGUGAUGCAUCACGGGAACCGAGCGUUCUCUUUAGAGAAGAGAGCCUGGGGGCGCAGGGCGAGAGAAGCGAAAAAAAAGGGACGAUCCGUAGUGAUAGAAAAAUGAGCGAGAAGCGUGAUGCAAACGGUGGCGGCGGCGACGACGGCGACGGCGGCGGCGGUGGUUAGGUUUGGAGACGACCGUGUCGGUCGUUCCGGAAGUAGUGAUGGGCAUUCGAAUCUACAUCUUUCCCGCUUUUCAAGGAAAAGGAAUAUUUUUUAUUCGCCCUGCACUGCCUGUACUGUGCUCCUGCGCGCGCACGCGCCAAAAGCAGUUACGUUAACCCCGAGGUAAAAUAAAUUUAUCGCCCUGUUCAUCUUUCAACUUUCCAAGCGGCUCAAUCACGCGCGGAGAUCCGAAUGGCUUCGAAUAUCGCUCGAAACCGAAAGUCACUCGGCGCCUCGGAUCGUAUCGUCAAAGCCUCGUUGCCUCGAAAAUUCACGAACGUGCAACGAGAGAUGUGCGGAAGUGAGACGUGUAAAUGUAAGCCGAUCGUAUCGCGACAUUAGUCGACUGCUGAGAGACUUUCGUACGGGAUAUCAAUGUAUUUUGAUACACAUCAGUUCAAUAUAUAACUUCGAACGUCGCUCGAAACCGAAAGUUACUUCGGGUUACUCGAAACUCGAGAAUACACGAUAACCUAUUUGUGAAUGUACGGAAAUGGAACAUGUAGACGUAUGUCGUUCAUAUCACGGCAUUAGUUAAAUCUCCAAGAGACUUUCGCACCGGAUAUUAAUAUAUCCUAACUCAUCUCAGUUUAAUAUAAUUGAAUUGAGUGCGGGAAAAAGAGAUAGAGAGAGAAAAGAAAGAGAAAUCGGAGUGAUUCGCGACGAUGUCAAUUGAUUUCGUAUCGAUGACGGAACCGAUCAACUUCGGCAAUCGAUAAUCGACACUCGCGCUCUCUGUAGUCUCAAGUCACAAGUUUAGUGCAAUUCCGAAACGGACGCUUUGGGCUCAACGUACAUACAUAUUCGUAACGGGAUUCGGUGUGUCUUGAGGCCAUCACUACCCGGAAGUGUCAGGAGGGGAAGUUCCGAACGCAAAGAGGGGCGGUUUGUCUGAUGGUGCGAACGGUGGAUCGCGAAACGCGCGAGGGGUGAGCGAGGGCGAGCGCAAAGGGUAGGUAGUCGGGUGGGAGGUUAUAACUGGAGACCGACGGGGUGGGAGCGAGAGAGCGCGCGCGACGUAGGGAGGGAAGGCUUGUUCGGCGUGAAGGGGGUCGCGUUACGGAGAUCGGACAGAGCGCGCGAUGGUGGUGGCUCAGUUCGCUUUCGUUCCGCGCUUCGCGAGGAUCGUCGCGUGUGCUUCCUGCCGCGAGUCGUCGUUCCGCACGCUGAUCCGUCCACAAGGAGGGAGGGAGCUCGCCGCCCACCCUCCCUUCUCCGCUCCUCUCCCCAUCUCGGCAGAGGAAGCUUUAACCGACGAAAGUCGACGCGGCUAAGACGAGAGCGGGCCUAAAAUAAAGUCAUCCACAAUACACGGUGUGUAUCGACGCCGCGGCGAGUGUUCAUAAGGUGCGUGUAUGAGGUUCCUGCUGGUAUUCCGUGGUGAAGUGCUUCAUGCUCUCGGGAUAAACUUCGCGCGUGAUCGCGGGUAGAGAGAAGAUCAUGUCGGCGAGAAGUCAUCCCUGGUUCAUCGCGUCGCUCCUGCUCCUGCUUGGAUACGUUCAGGAAUCCCGGCAGCUGAUUAUCAAGAGCGUCAACGUGCCCGCCGUAGUGAAGGCCGGCGACACCGAUUACGUCAUCCUCGACUGCGACUACGAUCUCGAGAACACGUCGAGCUCGGGCCUCGUCGUCAAAUGGUAUUUCAGCUCCAACGAGCUGUUUUACCAGUGGAUUUACGGCAGGAACCCUCAGGCGACCGAGCUCGCCAGAAAAUACGUCGACUUAACGUACAAAGCCAGCGACGAUCCGUACACUGAGUACCGAGCUAUGAAGCUGAAUAAGCCGGGCGUCGAUCUUACCGGCGAGUAUACAUGCGUGAUAUCCACCUUCGAGGAUGAGCGAACGGCGAACGCGUCGAUGGUAGUCUACUCGACCGAGGAAAAGUUCGACCUCGUGUACAAGAAGAAGGCGAUAGAUGAUAAAGACGGAGUCGAAAUAACGUGCAAGGCCGAAGGGCUUUAUCCUCAACCGACCCUCGACAUCUCCGUCGAGGGUAUACCGGAGAAACUAGCGAGGAAACCCACCGUAACGCUGCGUGACGAUGGACUGUACGAUAUCUUAUCGCGCGUGGCCUUACUGGACGAAGAUUUACCGGAAGCGACGAUUGUCAAAUGCUUGCUCGGCAUACCGAAGGCGACCUACAACGUUUCCCGCAAAACCGUCUAUUACGCUGGUAACUUCGCUGGCUACGCGUCAAUUAAUCUUCCGCUAUUGUGUGUACAGUUCGCCGUUCUCAAUGUGUUCCACUGAUAAUUUAAUAGAUAGAUCGCGCCGUUAUCUCGACGAAGAUCCGAAUGUGGUGCACGCGCAGAAAAUCGUCGGCUGCACGUUGAGCACUCCGUGAAGCGUGAAGCAAACGAUUCUCACGAUGGUCGAGUCGGACGAAAGAUCCGCAACACAUUGCCUCUCAUCUUCGUUGCUUGUUAACAAGGAUAUUAGUUGUAAAUUGUAACUAUAUAUAUAAAUGUGUAUGCGCGCGCGCGCGUGCGUGUGCGUGUGUGUGUAUGUGUGUGUGAUCGCUGCUUCGAUAAUCGACGAUAAUCGAAGCGGAAUGAAAAUUAACGAAUAAUUUAACAGUUGAUUCGCGCGUGAACGACGAAAGGAGCACGCGAACUCCUUUGAUUCUGGGGAAUUCCGCGUAUCCCUUCUCUUAAUUCCUCUGCUAGAACUUCUUUGAAAAUUUAACCGAGCGUCAUUUCGUUUUACGAGUCUCCCGACUUUCGGUUUCGAAUUCAAUUCGAUGGUCCCGUAACUGAAUUUAACUUUCAAUUGUAGCCUACACCCCAAUUAGAGCGGGAAACGAAGUUUUCUUAUCCAUUUGCAACUUUAUCCGCUUAAUUUGUCAAAGCCGUGUUUAAUUUUCGCCCGCUCGCUCUCGCUCGGCUGGCAGAGAGCUAUUCGCGUCGUUGUACAUUUUUAUCGCGUUUACCCAUUUCAGUGCGACUAGUUUUUAAUCAUUCCGAAAGCUCUGUGCACAUAUGUACCGAUCGCAUUUCGAAUUUCGGUUGUACAUAUAUACGCUGUACAAAAUGUCGUCGAGGCUAAAUUUCAACGCGGGAUAAAUGAUUCGUGGGCGAGCCCAAAGCGACGAGAAUAAUGAUCGUGAGAGAUCGGCAAUGUGCGCGAAGCGUUGCGCCAAAAAAACAAAGACGCAAAUCGCAUUUAUAUCAUUAUAUUUAUUAAUUAUUUGUGCGGAGAACGGAAAAAGGAAAAACAAGUACGGAUAUAUUCCUGAUUAGCGUAAGCUUGCGAAGUAGCGAGCUGAAAUGCGUUUCCUUGUAUUCUAAGCUUUUAAGUAGUCAGUAGUAGUUCUCUACGUGGCUCCCCUCUAAUUCGUGAAUCAUUUCGCCUUGGCUGCGCACAAUCGAGAUUCGCUGUGCGGCGCGCUUACACUCUCGCUAGUGAAAGAAACGUAAUUUCUCGCCUCGAGCCGAUUAAUAGCGCGGCAGACGGGACAUUUUACCUCGACGAGAGGACGAGAUUUCACGUAGUGAAAUCUCACGAUGGUGUGUUUCUCGCGACGAUUCCUCGCGAGGGAAGGGACAGAUAGAGAGAGAGAGAGAGAGAAAGAGAGAGAGAGAAAUACAGUUGCAACGAAUGACAAGAUUGUCCGAUUAUACGAGAUAUCGCGAAAUUUAGUGCAUAGUUACUGUGCAAUUAACAAUCUCGGAUCUGUUUUCCGCCAAUCAAUAGUUUCCUUCACGCGUCGUGCCGGUGUGACGGACGGCAAAAUGUGCGUUAUGCUGAUUUCUAUCUGAACCUAACACACCCCCAUAGACAUAUCAUCUUACACGGAAUGCCCCGUGAAAAUAUGGCCUCUCUUACCAAAAUAUCUGUCUCGGAGAAGCAAUAACACGCGCGCGAGUCUCUUGCUGUUUUGUCGGUAAACGGAGCGCGAGCGCGCGCGCGGGACCUUUGUUGGCUCGCCGGUUUCGCACCAAAAGUCGCAAGACGCGCUCUCGGCAAGUGCGCGAUACUGCCCGCGAAAAGUACUCGAGUGCGUUAGAGAGCACUGAAUAGGCACCCAUAUUGAAUAUAUUCGUAUGUAACAUCGCGUACCGCUAAUGUUUGCAAUCGUCGCUUCCGGGGUGGGACAGGGGAGGAGGAGGAGGAGAGAGAGAGAGAGAGAGAGAGAGAUAUUAACUGUGUUCUUCUAAGAUAAAUAGAAAUACGGAGCAGGCUUCCACGUCGCACAUUCCUAUAUUACGUACGCUUUCGCGCUCAGCACGAUCCAUUCCGACCUAGUAUCGCUAUGAUAUACCGUAUAUAUUAUAAAUGCGCAUCAUUGUGGAGCCCGCUUCGCGCGGCCUAAGGUGGACUUUACGACAAGGCCGCUCCAUCAUUUAACGGAUUGUUCUCUUGUCUUCGCCUCAUGAGACAUAAUUGAUUUCUAUUAUUGUGUUACUAUGUUAUCAGAGAGAGAGAGAGAGAGAGAGAGAGAGAGAGAGAGAGAGAAGGAGGAGGAGAAGGAAAUAUAUAUCUUCAUUUUCGAUAACCUGCGUCUGUAUGCGAACGCGUGAGCACAGGAAAAGCGCGUGAAAUUGGAUUGUAAAGUAUCCGUCACGUGCGCUAUGAGUUCAACGUACUCGCUCGCGGGUUAAUAAUAAAAAAAAAAAUCCCUUCGAUGUUCUUCGAGCGAUAGCACAGUUUAGGGUGUAAGAAUUCGCGUCGGGGACGACUAACGCACGGGUACAUAUGCCAGGUGUUGCGCGUUAAUUCACCCAGCAACAUCCGCCGGUAGUCGGACGCGAGCGAUGAGAACACUCGUCUAGCUCUAAAGAUCGAACUUACGCAAGAUAAGAUCCACGUUUUAGCAUGCAAAAGUAAUACACAUGGUACUACGAGAUAUUAUCAAUUCGCGAGUUUGUAUAUAAAUCUGUACACUAAGAGAGAGAGAGAGAGAGAGAGAGAGAGAGAGAGAAAGACACAUGACACUUCGUCGUGCAGAUGUAAUAAAGAGAAAAAAAAAGAAAAAAAAGAAGAAAAUGAAAAAAGAAGAAAAGAAAGAAAAAAGAAAAUAAAUUGUUCUGACCAAAUGCAUAGUUACGAUUAUUGUAAUCGCGUAUGGAUGCGUCAUAAACGUAGCGUCACUUAAUAAUUUAAUCAUUCGCACGGAUAUGCGGAGUACGAGAGGCUGACGACGAAGCAAACGAGACCCCGACACGAAGAGGAAUCUCUCUCUCAUCGAUCAGUCGCUUUAACGCGCGGUCGUAACCUAGUGCGGUCCGUUGAUUUCUCCGCUCGGAGUUAUUAGCAUGGACUCUCGACGCCGCCAGUCGUCGCGCGGAGGGAUGCUUUUCGGUCAUUUGAAUUGUACGGCAAAUAUCGUUGAUACGAUAUUUGCCGUACAAUUCAAGCUAACAACGGCAGCUAAUAACGGCCAUGGAACUUACUUGCGAUUCUGCAACUUCAAGGAGAAACUGCGGAGGAACCCCGCAUGCGAACUCUCAUCGCAUGGCGCGUAACUGAUCAAGGGGAAAAAUGUGUACAUACGAUUCUCCGGAACUGGUCUUGUCAGUUUCUUCGUGGCGCCUCGUAUACGCGUAGGAUAAACUCAAAUUUGCUUUUCAAACGACAAUAUCUGUAUGUUAAGAGAGAAAAAAGUAGGAAGGAAAGAGAGAGAGAGAGAGAGAGAGAAAGAGAAAGAGAAAGGGAGAGAGAAAGAGAGAUAACAAGAGAACGAAAGAGCCGGACAGAAAGAGAGAGAAAGAGAGCAACACGUGUGCCUCGCGUUGUAAGCUUACGAUAUAUUGUUGUAAUAUACGCGCGAUACUAUUCGCCCGGCUUAUCACAUACGUCACUCGAAGGGACUCCAAUUUCGAUUUUCGUCUUUAUAGCUUCGCUCUCGAUCUGACAAGAGCGGGUGUAACUGCACGUCCUUCGUCGAUUAUUCGUGUCCAUGUUGUACUUUCGGUCUAAUGUAUACACAUUGUAAUUUUAUACUAAAUAAUAGUCUUUACUACCUCUGUAAACACUAUUUAGAUACAUCGAAUUCAUGUUAUACAUAUGUGUAUGUAUAUAUCUGUGUGUAUAUACUGAUUAAGGCGCCGUUGGAACAAAUUGUUUGAUAACUAAUACAAGCAUAAUCAAUGUUUUGUGUCUAAAUUCGCGCGUUUGAAGUGUAAUUACCUACUCCAACAGUUCACCGUUAUAUUAUUUUGUUGCUUUAUUAUCAUCAUUGUUAUGUGCUUUUACCAUCAUAAUAUUAAUAUAAUUUAUCAAAAGUU